CUAGCUUCCUUGCUUACUAAGGAAGAAUUGAUGGUUAUAGCAAUAAAAGAAAUAAUAAAUCAGAUUGUUCUAGCUCACAAUCAAAACUUUGAUGUUGACCUUAACAAACUUAAAUCUUCUGUAUCUAGCAAAUUUAACCUAUCCUCUCAGCCAAAACUUGUUGACAUCAUUUCUGCUGUCCCUUUAGAGCACAAAAAAUGGCUUAUACCCAUACUCAAAGUCAAACCUGUCAGGUCUGCAAGUGGGAUAGUCGUAAUUGCAGUUAUGUGCAAACCUCACAGAUGCCCUCAUAUCGCUAUGACGGGAAAUGUGUGCGUGUAUGUCACAUUCGAAUCUUAUUGUCCUGGUGGACCUGAUUCAGAUUUUGAAUAUUCUACACAAUCAUAUACUGGAUAUGAGCCUACAUCAAUGAGGGCGAUAAGGGCAAGAUAUGAUCCUUAUUUACAAACUCGUAAUCGGAUAGAGCAGCUUCAGCAACUUGGCCACGAGUGUGAUAAGGUCGAAUUUAUAAUUAUGGGAGGGACAUUUAUGUGCCUUUCAGAAACAUAUCGAGAUUACUUCAUAAGGAAUUUGCAUGAUGCCUUGUCAGGACAUAAAAGUCAUAGUGUAGAAGAAGCUGUAAGUUAUUCUGAACGUAGCAAAACUAAAUGUGUGGGUAUAACUAUUGAGACAAGGCCUGAUUAUUGUCUGAAAAAGCAUUUGGGAGAAAUGCUUAUGUACGGAUGCACACGUUUAGAGGUUGGCGUUCAGAGUGUUUACGAAGAUGUUGCUAGGGACACCAAUCGUGGCCAUACUGUAAAAGCCGUAUGCGAAUCUUUUCAACUAGCAAAAGAUGCUGGCUUUAAGGUUGUUGCGCACAUGAUGCCUGAUCUACCAAAUGUCGGUUGGGAAAGAGAUCUUGCUCAGUUUUCCGAAUAUUUUGAGAAUCCUGCAUUCCGAUCCGAUGGGCUAAAGAUUUAUCCUACCCUCGUGAUCCGAGGGACAGGUCUUUAUGAGCUUUGGCGUACUGGCCGCUAUAAAAGUUACCCUCCUAGUAUACUUAUUGAUCUCAUUGCCAAAAUUCUUUCUCUGGUACCCCCAUGGACACGUAUCUAUCGCAUCCAAAGAGAUAUUCCAAUGCCUCUAGUUACGAGUGGCAUCGAACACGGAAAUCUACGGGAGAUAGUCUUGGCACGAAUGGAUGAGCUAGGUGCUAAAUGUCGAGAUGUUAGAACUCGAGAAGUUGGUAUACAAAGCAUACACAGUGGUAUUAGGCCAUAUCAGAUUGAGCUUGUUCGUCGGGACUAUGUAGCAAAUGGAGGCUGGGAAACAUUUUUGGCGUAUGAAGACCCUGUGCAAGAUAUUCUUAUUGGUCUUCUGCGUCUUCGCCAGUGCUCGAGAGAAACUUUCCGUCCAGAAUUAAGGGCAGCAUCUGAACCCAACACUCAUUCAUGGGACCCUAGAUGCUCAAUCGUUCGUGAGCUCCACGUCUACGGUAGUGCAGUGCCAAUUAGCUCUAAAGAUCCAACAAAAUUUCAACAUCAAGUAAGUGGUCUAUUCUGA